AUGGGAACGGCCAUUCCAUCAACUCAGGCGACCAUACUCCCAUUUCCGCCACCAUCUCGCCGGAAACCACCGCCAAGAUCUCCCAAAGGCAGUCCUCCAGUUUUGGCUGUCCUCACACAGCCAGCUUUCGUUACUAUUAAGAACGAUGAUGAUCUCCGCCUUAAGAUCGAUUCAAAGAACAAUACCAUAGCCACCACAUCGAAGACCGUAUACCACGACAAUUGGUUCGAACGAAUCGCCAUUGAUUACCUCUCGAAAACCAUCCAAGAAACUGUUGGGAUGAAGAACGACGAGCCGGGGUACAAGGGGUUCGUGACGGUGUCAGCAGCAGUCUUCCGGGAGUUUAACCUGACUGAACAACGCCAGUUUGUUGAUAAGGCUCUCGAGAAAGCUAUUCCUAGUCUUAUGUUCGUUAUGAUCAGAAAACUGAUGCCGCAAUCGAAGUUUACGAGGGAACUUUUUGCCGCCUUCACGACCGUCUUCUUUCGUUGGCUCAUUGGUUACAGUGUGGUAAAAGAGUCAGAGUUUGAAGGGAGAAAGGAGAGGAAUGUUGUCCACAUAACUAAAUGCAGGUUUUUGGAGGAGGCUAACUGCAUAGGCAUGUGCACAAACCUCUGCAAGAUGCCGAGCCAAGAGUUCAUGAAGAACAAUUUCGGUAUUCCGGUCAACAUGGUUCCUAAUUUUGAUGAUAUGAGCUGUGAGAUGAUAUUCGGUCAGGAUCCUCCGGCACAAGAAGAUGAUCCGGCAUUUAAGAAACCAUGCUACAAACUAUGUAAUGCAAAACAAAGGCACAGUGCAAGCUGCAUCAGCUAG